AUGUAUAUUGGACUCCAACACCUUAGAGACCGUAUUUGCCUACUAAAGACCUUCGUACUCAUCUACGGAUCGAACCCUCUCACAAGGAGAUGGGUAGGUACCUGUGCCCCCGACUUCCCAGGUGGGCAAGUUAAACGCCAUCGAACAAGCGCUGAAGCCGCUCACGUGCAAUCACUUUACCCCACAUUGUUUCCCAGCUGCUUUGUCAGCAAUCCCAUUCCCUCAUUCCACGAUUCUGUCGUCUUUGUGGAUAUGUCGCAAAACAGGCAGCGCAAUCCGAACGUGACAGUUGGCUCGCAAGUGGACACGGAAACAGAAUCACAUCAAGGGACUUCGAGCACCGUGGUUCGGGGUACUUUGAGACUGAGAGGCGAAAGUGUUACGGAUUCAACGCAAAAUACCGAGAGGCCACCUACGCGACACAUCAGAUGGCGUGAAGAUGUAGUCAAUAAUGAAGGAAUGGGGAAGAAGAGUUCGAAAGUCUGCUGCAUCUAUCACAAACCUCGCCCGGUAGGCGAAAGUAGCUCUGAGUCGUCGUCGUCGUCGGAUUCGAGCUCCUCGGAUACGGAAAGUGAUAGUGAUAGCGAUGUUGUCAAUGGACAGGAUAGAGCAAUAAGAGGGCGGUGCAGCCAUGCAGAUGGUGGACAUGUUGACGAUAGCACCUCGUGUCCCUCCGGCCAUCAUCACAAGAGAAAGUCUAAAAAGAGAAAGCCAAGUCCCAAUGCGUACGAGAGAGUACCAAAAUCCGCUUCUAAAAGAUAUUCUGAAGAGCGCGGAACCUGA